AUGGUAUUUCCUGAUGCAAAGAAACUACUCUGUAGAAGGCACAUAUAUAGGAGUGUUUUGGUGAACUGCAAAAGAUCAUUUCAAGAAAAGAAAUCAUGGGAUGUAUUCUACUCAUCCUGGAAUACGUUGGUGGAAUCUGAAAAUGAGAUUGCCUAUGUGUACAAUUUGUCGCACCUAGAGGUGGGAAUGGAUCAUUCUAUGUCUGAUUCUGAGGAGGUUUACGUUUUGGCUGUCGAUGACAACCUUGUUAAUAGACCAGUCAUUGAAAGGUUGCUCAAGAUUACUUCCGGUAAAGUAACUGCAGUGGACAGUGGAAUAAGAAUACUUCAGUUUCUGGGAUUAGACGAGGAGAAUAAUUGUCCUGUUGGGUUUGAUAGUUUGAAAGUGGAUCUAAUUAUCACCAAUUACUGUAUGCCUGGAAUGACAGGAGAUGAGUUGCUAAAGAAAAUCAAGGAAUCAUCUGCCUUGAGAGAGACUCCGGUGGUAAUCAGGUCAUCUGAGAACAUAGUGACUCGAAUCGACAGAUGCUUGGAAGAAGGAGUAGAGGAUUUUAUUGUAAAGUCAGUGAAGUUGUCCGAUGUGAAGCGCUUGAAAGGUUACAUGACCAGAGACGGAAACCAAAAGAGAUGCAUCAACAACAAGAGAAAGCUUCCGGAGACUUGUGAUCUAUAUUUAUUACCA